AUGGCUGCUCUUUCUUCAAAACCCAACCACGUUCGGUCAAUCAGUUUCCCUGGGAGAUCACACCCUACCAUCCAGAGAGUAGAAGAAGAGCUCAACAAGCUCAAAUCAUUAGAAGCACCUGCUACACCAAAAGCAGACACUGUGUACCAUGGUCUACUCAUAUUGGAGAGAUUAUACAAGAGCAUAGAUGGUCUUCUCAACUUGCCUUCCCGUCAAACCCUAUCCCAAAGUCUAGAUGCUAAAUGGGUUGACGAUUUAUUGGACAAAUCAGUGAGGCUUCUUGAUGUUUGCGGCACUACAAGGGAACUUGUCUCACAAUAUAAAGAAAAAGUAAGAGAUCUUCAAUCAUCUCUCAGAAGGAGAAAAGGAGAUUCAACUACAGAUGACAGCGUUGAAAGAUUUACCUCUUUCAGCAAGAAGAUCAAGAGGGAUGCCAAAAUGUCUAUCUUGACUCUGAAACAAAUAGAUCAAGAGACUGCAGUACCAGUCUUGCUAGAUGCAGAACAAGAUACAAUAGCUGCAAUUAGAGCACUUAGAGAAGCUAAUGCAGUAUGCAUUUCAAUUUUCCAAACGCUCUUGUCCUUCCUGUGUGUGCCACUUUUGAAGCCUAAGCAAUCAAAAUGGUCAUUGCUUUCAAGAUUGGUACACAAACAGAGAAUAACACCUGGAGUCCAAGAAGAAAACACCAGCUUAGAAACCAGGCUGGAAACCUUCGAGGCUUACCUUGACAGCUUUGAAAAUGCACUGGAAGCUGUAUUUAGGUGCUUGAUUAGAUCUAGAAGCUCGCUCCUCAAUGUUCUUUCCUGCUAA